AUGAGCUCUGCAUCCAAGCUGCUGCCCAAGUCGGGCACAGCUUUGCAAUGUUACGACGGGAUCCGUACCGGUUCAACGAUCCAAUUCCAUCUGGUGGUCGAGCUCGACCGGAUCCCGUGGUUUCCCCCGCUUGCGUUUGUGUGGGUGACGCUCAUGCCAUGGGCCCCAUGGCUGUCGAAUCGAAUGCCACGGCUUGCUGAGCAACAUCCAACAUCGGUUCGCAUUACCCGUUCGUCCAAUUUGGAAGCUCCAAGCCACAUGUACCGACCGACGUUCGACUCGGACGUCGUGACCCCGAGACAGGCAUCAAAGCCUUGA